AUGAUGUAUAUUUCCGCAUUCCCCAUCGCCAUCGCCAUUCGGAAGACCAACGUAUACGAGGAAAAGAGCCUCGGCAUCUACGACGAAGACGAGGACGACGAAGACGAAGCGGCCAAACCCAACGCGAACCGUGGACUCGCUGCGCACAUCCAGCGUCAGCUCGGGUUCGAUCUCUGGUAUGUGAUGUUGGGGUUUUUCUUCGUCGCAAUGGCAGAGGGACCACGGCUGCAGCCACACGAAAAAGACAUUGCCUUUUCGCUCUUUCCGAUCCUCUUCGAAAUUGUCUCCGCAUACGGCACGGUGGGUUUAUCGCUGGGAUAUCCCGGGACUCAGACGAGCCUCUGCGCCGAGUUCAACACGGUGUCGAAAUUGAUCGUCAUCGCGAUGCAGGUGCGUGGUCGACACCGUGGUCUGCCACAUUCGCUGGACCAUGCAAUCUUGUUGCCGUGUGAGGUGCAUCAGGGAGAACAGGGUGAAUGGCCGUGGAAGCGGUGGCUGAAAAAAAGGGGGUCAAACCUGAGUAGUUUUUUCCUGCAUGGUGAUACUCAUGAGGAAGCGGAGAGAAUAGUGUGA